CAUCGACACCCAAAAUGGCAACCGCUAGCACUUCUGGACAGGCGACCUUCGGUCUGGGCAGGAGGAAGAAGAACCCUGGUCUACUGGACCAGAUUGGGAAGUUCUUUGGAGGGGACAAGAAGAGGAAGAGCAAGGGGUCCUUCCGCGGUUCCGCCGCACCAGUCCAGGCCUCCCCUCGUCGCCGUGGUGAAGAAAACGCCGUGGUGCACUUCUUCAGAUCCAUUGUUUCCCCUCCUCCUCCCAAAUCCAGGUGGAGAGGACUUUCUGCCAAAUUAGGCCUGGGGGACCAGAGGUCCUCGCAGUCUCGCUCUGAUGCCUCCAAAUCUCCCUUCAAAGGACAGAAAGACCGCCGGGGAGAAGGCGAGGGCACCCUAUCAAGGAUCUUCAAAAUGGGAGGAAGCCGAUCCGGUUCACCCGCCAAACGCUGAUGUCACUUCCUUCCGAUCCCCUUUUAAUGGAACAAAAUGUCAACUUAAAAGAGGAAAGAAGAAGGGAGGAAGGAAAUCUCCGCUUGCCAGACUCACACCUCGCUCUAUUCUUUAACGCACUAACAGCCUCCGUGCCUCAUUUCCCUUGCAGUAGAUAGCAACAAGAUCUCUGUGCAUAGUUAGCCCCGCCGAGAAUCAAGUGCGAUCAUCGUGUGAGAACUGUUAUCAAAGACGUCGCUGGUUGCCUCACAAGCUCAGUCCUAAAGGAUUUUGGGUUUCUUUUUUUUUUUUCUUUUCUUGCUGCUGUCUGUGGCUUCAAAAUAAAAUAAAAUGAGGUGGAGUACUGAACUGGACUGAAAAGUCAGCUCAGAACUGGCCCAGCGACCGGCCAAUGGUCCGCCUCGUCCCCGCGCUUUGGUCACAUGGUUUCUGGUAGCAAUGAAACAAGGAGUGGUUCAUUUUCAUUUGGUCUCCGUCUUAUCGUCUUUUUUAAACAUAGAAGGCUUGUCGUUUAACAGUUUUCACAAUUGUUUUUAAAUUAAACAAUAUUUGAUUUAAUUUUAUUUAUAAAGAUAUUCCCUUAGUUUGUUUGGGUAGCUUUAAAAAUGUAAAACGUGUUCAGUGUCUCAAAUGUUAGUUGUUUUGUCAGGACUACAAACCGUCUAAGCCUAAAAUUUGUCUUGUCUGGAGUCUUUGUCCAUAGUGUUUUACAAUAGUCUGUGGCUGAUUGUGAAGUUUGAUGACAGUGCGUUACCUACGAAGGUUAUGAACUGGGACUAACUAUUAUGUGCUACUUUGUCUUAAUACCCAAUGCUCUGUAAAAUUAUAUUCGUCAUCCUUUGUUCGUCAUUUUUAACAAAAGUACUAAAUUCCCAGUGGACUUGGCACUGGAAGUGCUCCAGGCAUGUCUAAAAUGUAAAAAGGUCUGAAGUGCACUGUUUCUUUCUCCGUAAGAAAGGGAGAGAGGUCUGCAUUGAGUCGAAGCGCCUGCUGUCAUAGCUGUAUUCAUUACGGCUGUUGUAGCAUGACGGCCGAUUUAGUUUCCGCUCUUCCCUCCUUUGAUUGAUGUUGUUCUCUUUCCGUGUUAUGUUGUCUUGCCUUCUUCAGAAGCACUGCGCAUACAAAAAAGUAUAGCUGAUGCAAAAAAAACGGCUAGCUGAUGCAAUGCCAUGUGAUUUCCUCCGAGUGCGCUGCAUAUAUAUAGAUGGGCUUAAACCGGCCCACAUAAAGGUGCUCAUUUAUUAACAAACUAAAACAAGAAACGUGUUGUUGUUCCUCUUGUGUCCAAAAAAAAAACGUGGGGAAGGAUUUUGUGCGGGAGAUGGGAGUGGAAUGUGAAGUCGUUGAGAGUCUGGAGGGAAAGUAAAUGGCAGAUCGGUGAAGCAUGUAGGCUCUGCAGCAAUCCUGCAAUGUUCACGUCUCAAAAAAGAACAGUUCAAGUAAUCUGUAGUGCAUUCCCACCCCCAUCUGUGUUUAUGUGAUUUCUGUGAAUGAAUGUAAAUUAAAACCCUGAAACUUUUGAUUAUUGUACCUGCCACCAAAAAAUAAAUACAGAUAAAAUCAUGACAUGCCUCUUUAACGUAAAGUAAAAAUAAAAAAUACAUAAAAGAAA